AUGUUUUUUACAAAUGUGAGAUUUAUAAGCAAGCUAGCGAGAAACAAACUUAACAAGAGGAGAAGCUGGAUAAAGCGGAAUAAAAAAUGGAUGCUACCUAGGGUUGAGAAAUCGUACCUGAAACAGGAGCAAGACUUCGUCGCGCCGCACAAAACCGUGCCGCAGAGAGGAGGGUCCCAUGUAGGGACGGAAGCGGGGCGAAGUGAGGUAAAACAUGAAGAAACCAAACAUGGGGAAGCACACAUUGACUAUAGACGCAUCCUAGCGGAGACGACCCAAAAGGAAAAAAAACAUUUGAAACCCCAUGAGUAUAAGAAGCUGCUGAAGCAGAAGGAUGGCAGUGGCCGCACCGCCAACGAUGACAAGCUACAGCUAAAGCACCUCCUGCGUAGCGGCAAAAGUGGGGGAACACACAAAGGGAUGCAGAUAGACAUAAAGGAUUAUAAAGACGACGAGAAGGAAAGGAAGAAAAACGAAAUGAACACAUUUUGGUACAUGCCAAGUCCCUUUGAAAAAAAAGGUGUGUAUGGAAUGAAAGAAAAUUCUUUUUACAAAUCUUUUAUGAGAGAUAGGGAGAGACAGCUGGACCACAUCGACACGAAAAAGUUAAACGAAAGUGAACAAAAAUUACUCAAUGAAAUGCGCAAAAAGGGGAACAAUGUUAACGGCCAACUGCUCGAGGAGAGUCUACCCCCCCUAAAUGGGGAACAAAAAAGAGAAAAAAAAAUCAGGAUUAGUCCAAAAAAAUAUUGGUUUCACGAUACGUAUCGUUCCCCAGAUAUCCCCACCUUGAGUACCGUCAAAGCGAGGGAACUGAGAUUCCUAAUGAUGAACGAAGCCAAGCUAGUUAGGAAAGGGAAACCCGUUGACGUGGAAUUAUGGCUAGCUUUUAUGAACCGAGUUCUGAACCUGUCGAGCAAGGUACAUGUACGGAGUCUUCUUCGAUACUUACAAACCAUUGCAUCUGUAAAGGUUAACAAUAAAAAAAUGAUAAGCGAAAUUUUGUGUGAAAUUUUCAAACGAGAAAAUCUGAUGAAGCCAAAACAUUAUGUCUACCUUUUUCAAGGAUGCUCUAGGUUAAAAUGGUCCGACUUUCAACUAAUCUAUGCGCUAAAGAACAUGACCUUGUGUUGGCCCAUCCUGAGGAAUAACUUCCUCGUGAAGUCAGCCAACUCGGUUAGUAAACUCGGGUUGGCAAACAGUGUAUACAGUAAAUCUUUACAAAUUACCCUUUCUGAACGGCUAGAUAAUUUUUCAGGCAAAAAUUUGAAGGUCAUCAAAGCCAUUACCUUUUUGGAACUCUUCACCGAGGAGAUGAUUUUAAAGUUCAUUUCUCUUGCCAGUUUUUACAAGGAACAUUUUAAUUAUUACACACGUCACCUGCAGGUGCUCCACCUGUACGUUACGCUAUUCUGCCCGUCCUUGUGUGAUAGACUGACGGAGGAGCAGAGAGCCUUUCUGUGGCGCUACUCACGAGGCGCCAACUGGAAGGAAAUCCGCCAUAAGGGGAACCACAACAGCAGCAGUGAUGAAGACAGUGAUGAGGAGAACGACGGGCGUAGUAGUGAUGAGCACAGCGAUGACUGCAGCAGUGGUGAAGAGAGUGAGGAAUUCAGCAGCGAUGAGGAGAGGGGAGAGGUAUUCAGCAACCCGUGCCACGUACGCGCUGACACCAAAAUAGGAGACAAAAUACGUGGAGGGUUCACCAGCAUGUUACACAAAGAAAUCAGUGACAUCCUCACGGUUAUAAAAAUCGAGCACUUGAAUUCGAUUUCCUGUGGACCAUUCAUCGUAGACAUAUAUCACCCCCACUCAAAUUGUAUUAUCGAGGUAAAUGCCCCCUUCCAAUAUUACCUGAACUCUGAAAGAUUGACAGCCUUGGCAGAAUGGAGACACAAGUUUCUGACGCGAAUGGGGUUUAGGAUCAUUCACAUUUCGCACAAGGUGUGGAAUAGCCUACCCACGGAGAAGCAGAAAGUGGAUUACCUGUCACGCGCUCUGCCGGCGGGGAUGCUCGGGCGAGGGUCCCCCGGGGAGGAGAACCCCAUUGAAAAGCACCCCAGUGAAAAGUACCUUAGUGAGGAGUUCUCCUACGAUGAAUUCCCCUGUGAGGAGCUCCCCUGUGAGAUUUCCCGUUAG